GUGAAGCCACUGACAAAGAGAAAGAAAGAAAAAGAAGCGAUGGCGAGGGAUAGCUGCCUUGCUCGUGUCACAACAGGCGUUGCAGUGGGCGGUGCUGCUGGUGGCGCUGUCGGUGCUAUUUAUGGAACUUAUGAGGCUAUUAUGUAUAAGGUACCUGGACUUCUGAAAAUUAGGUACAUUGGGCAAACAACAUUUGGCAGUGCAGCCGUUUUUGGUCUUUUCUUGGGAGCUGGGAGUUUGAUACAUUGCGGAAAGUCUAACUGAGAGA